GGACAAUCUUUGGACGCAGUUUACUAUAAAUGCAGUCACCGGCAGCAGCAGCAGCCGACUCGAUUCUUUUGAAUUGGCAAUCUCCUGCAGCCAUUAUUUUUCUUUUCCGUUUAAGAAUUGCUUUGUGCUUUCACCUUGAAUAGUUGAAUGGACAAGACGACGAAUAGAUAGUAGUGCGUGCGGUCCAGCCACAAAAGAGAACAAGACAUCGACUUGCCAGUAUAGUCAUGGGGAUAUGGUCAAAGUAAAUAACUUUUCAUCCAAGUAGCAAGAAGGCAAAAAUGCCUUCCAACCCGAAUGGUGGCGGAGGUGGCCAGUCGAGCAGCAAGUUGGGCGAUGGCGGAACAAGGAAGUACCACCACCAGCCCCGAUCACUUUCGUUCUUUUUUGCUUUUUUUUUUUUUCAAGAAAAGUGACUGCAUCAGCAACAGCAGACCGGCUGCUGCUACCACCAAAACUCUUUUUGAACCAACCCGAGACGACGAUAAGAGCGCCGAUUUAGAGCGACUGCCUGCAGCAUCGAUUUUGCGGUUAAGCAGCAGGAGAAGAAGGAGGAACAAUAACCAUUCUUUGAAGCCAAGAAAGAGAAAGAAAAAAGAGAUCACCUUAAAAGAUUUCUCCCAAUUUGAACAAGCGAAAAAACCCGUUGGAAUCGAAAUGAAUAGCACCAUAAGCAGGAGGACGUGUUCUACGCAGCACCAGCAGAACGGCGGCAGGAUGACGACUCAGAGCGGACAGAAAAUGUCGACCAUGGCCAUCAUGACGCUGUUGAUUUGGCUGGCGAUGACGGUGGACGUGGCCCAGCCGGCCGACACUCUUUAUCUCUGCAUGAAAAACUGCGAGCAGUGCAAGAGCAUGUACGGCGCCUACUUCGAGGGCGAUCUCUGCGCAAAGAGCUGCUUCAGACUCAAAGGCGCCUUCAUACCCGACUGCAUCGACGUCGCCUCCAUCGGACAAUUCCUCAACAAAAACGAAUGAACACACCUCUUCCGUCAUUUCAUUUUUUUAAUACCCGACCAGAUCUAGAAGAAAAAAAAAACAAGAAAAAAGUCGUUUCAUUCCAAAGAGCGUGUCUCUUCUCUGCUACCUACUUUUUUAUUCAAUUGCAAUCCAUCUAAAUGUUACCUUUUACACACAUUUGUUUUUAACGUUUUCUUUUGCAUUCGCCAUUUAUUGUCUCGUAUGUGUUUGUGUGCGUCUCUUGUGUCUAGUUCUGUUUGGCGACGAUUUCUGUAUUAUGCCAUCGUCUACUACGUACAAUAAAUGUAUUUAUUUCGCAGCAAUUUCAAUGAAUUCUUUAUGGCUGCUUCAUUUGUCACAAAUAUAUCAAGUGGGGGUUUUAGUUCAAAUUGGGGAGGGGGAGUGAAAAGCAACCGGAAGUGGAAGAGAAAAAGGUGAACAAGUCAAUGUUUCAGCACAUCUCUCCCCCGCAAAAAGAA